AGUUCUUCUUUCCGAUAUGCACACCCUUAGUUCUAAAAGUUAGUUUUAUUUUCUCAGCAUCAAACGUAUGUAGGUGUAGCCUACUUAAUUCCAUCUCCCACAAUUUCCUUUUAUCCAGUCUGAUGGUGAGGGAUGCGUGUGAUGUAGCUGUGACAUUUCCCAGACCUGUGCAUGUGACCUUUACUCCUGACACACUUCACAUAAGCUUUUGAAGUGGCCUCUGCAGAGUCCACAGAGCAGAGGAAGAGAGGAGAGGUUAAAAAGGAGGCCAGACCCCACACUCAGUCAGAAAUGAACAUCAAGCUUCAUGCAUUAGGUUCCAAUACAUAUUUCUCUUCGAUAUACAUAUAGUACUUUGUUUGGCACUUGGAAUAAACGGUAUAUGGGACAUGUGCAUUUUCUCUUUGGGGGAUAAUGGUCUGAUUUAUCUUCCUUUAUCUACAUUUGGGGAGAGAAAAGAAACAAAUAAUUUGACCUCCACCAGGGCUUGUGUCUUCUGCUGAAGAGAAUGUCAGGGAAGGUGUGCAGCAGCAACAGCGUGUUACAGGCACGGAAGGCUGUAGAACAACUACGAGUGGAAGCUAGCAUAGAUCGAAUUAAGAUUUCACUGGCAGCUGCAGAGCUAGUGCAGUAUUGUCAAGAACACAAACGAAGUGACCCUCUCCUCACCGGCAUCGCUGCCUCCUCCAACCCCUUCAAGGACAAGAAGACCUGUGUGUUGUUGUAGACCCUCGCCACUCUAGACACUGAUGCCUAGGUUACAGAUUUACACUUCAUUGGUCAUCUAAAUGGUUACAAUUCUGCUGUGGACUGCUCUCCAUUCUCUCUAGAUAUGUAGCAUAGUGUCUUGACAUGUCAGGUUUGGACACAGCAG